ACGAGGCUACUUACCUCGAGGUCUCGACCAUCUGCUUGUUGAACGGGAACGAAGGYGUCGCUUAGUGGUCGCCAUUUUUUACCAGAAAAGAGUACAAAACAACCCUUUUACCGUGGUAUAGUGUCCAUAAUACAGUAAAACAACCAUGAGUGAUCAAGGCUAUUCCUCAGGGUAUGGCCAGAGAGGUGGUGCUUAUGGAGGUUCUGCUUCUACAGGAUACUCUUCUCAGAGCUAUGGCCAAGGUUAUCAGCAAGACACACAAGGUUACCAGUCAUCUGGCUAUGGAGCCGCAGCACAACAGAAUACAUAUAUGCAGGGUAGUACCUCCAAUACGUCACAAAGUAGUUAUCAAGAUGGAGGCAGUAGUUAUCAGUCUGGUGGAUAUUCAUCUGCUCCUACUGCCUCAUCUGGAAGUGGAGGAUACCAACCGCCAUCCCAGUCAAGUUACUACCAAACUCCUUCCUCAAAUUACCAACAGUCUUCCCAGAGUAGCUAUGGCUCACAAGGUGCAGCAGGAGGAGGAGGCACAAGUGGAUAUGGUAGUAGUGACAGAAGUGGUGGAUAUAGUUCGGCGUCAAGAUACUCUGGUGGAGGUGGUGGUGGUGGCGGUUAUGGUGGUGGCGGCAGCAGUGGUGGUGGAUAUAGAGGAGGUGGCCGUGGUGGUGGCAGACAAGAUCGGGGCGGUGGAUACUCAAACGGUUCAGGUUAUGGUGGAUCAGACAGUGGUGGGCCUCAAGAGAAACAGUACUCUCAGGAUACUAUCUUUGUGUCUAAUGUGAACAAAGAUGCCAAUGAAGAAGACCUGAAGAAUUUAUUUGGAGCUAUUGGAAUCAUUAAGUAUGACAAAAAAAAUGAUAGACCGAAGAUAUGGAUUUACAAGCAUCCAGAUGGUGUUUCUAAGGGAGAAUGUACCAUUACAUAUGAUGAUCCACCCACAGCUACAGCAGCUAUUGAAUGGUUUAAUGGCAAAGAAUUCAUGGGACAGAACAUCAAAGUUGAAUUAGCAGAAGCCAGGACUCCUAAAUUCUUCCAAAGGGGAGGAGGCAGAGGUGGAGGUCGUGGUGGGGGACGAGGAGGAGGUGAUCGUGGGUAUGGUGGUGGCCGUGGCAGCCGUGGUGGUGGUGGUGAUAGAGGAGGAGGAGAUGGUAGAUCUGGUGACUGGGAUUGUCCAUCAUGCGGUAAUAUGAACUUUGCCAGAAGAGACACCUGUAAUCGCUGCCAUGAAUCAAGACCUGGUGAUGCUGGAGGUGGCAGCUCAGGUGGAUAUGGUGGAGGCCGAGGACGUGGUGGAGGUGGAAGAGGAGGUGGUGGACGUGGUGGAGGUGGAUACGGUGGAGGACGAGGAGGAGGACGAGGUGGUGGUGGAGGACGAGGAUUUGAUAGACAAGGGGCACGUCAAGACAGAAGAGAUCGCCCUUACUAAAAACACAACAGCUACAUCAAGAAUCUGUGGUCAACCAGUAAUGCCAAUACAAGAGUAAACCUUAGAAGUGCCACUGCACACAUGAUUGUUCAUCCAGUAUACAUACUAUACUGGAGCUCAUAAUAACAGCCAACACCCAUAUCCUCUACCAUCCAGUACCCCCUUGGUUCAGACAUGUUUGGAUGCCAUGUUGUAAAAUAGAAGCAAAGUCAUAGCUUGCGUUUAAUAUUAUACAUUCUUUGUUUGAAAUAUAUUUCGUGUUUACGAUUUUUUCUCUAACUUUCUUGGCUUAAUUUUAAUCAUUAGUACACUUAACACCAUGUUUUAUAUUUUUUAGUUUGUUUUGUUUAUUAACAUCAAAGCAAUAAAAUUCGUUUAGUAACACCUAACCACUACAUGACAUUUGCUGUCACAGUGUAACCAUCGAUAUCGAUGCACUUUUUCAACACUUAAGUUUUCAGUUAUAUUUACUCAUUAAAAUGCACAUCCAA